AUGACUCUACUCGGCAAUACAACACUAGCUGAUGUCAACAUGGGAGCUAGUUCACAACUUUCGCUGCAACUCCUGCCAAUUAUUGGUGACGCCCUUUACGAAGACAUUGAUUUGUCAGUUUCGACUGCCAAUCUUCCAAACAACGUCAACAACAUCACAAACGCUGGAAAUUUCUCGCGGAAUUUGCAAGCAGUGAGCUCAUCCGACGGGAUUCAGGCAGACCUGCUCAAGGCAGUGAACAGGGAACGUGCUGCUUAUAAACUCCCCCCAUUGUGUCUAAACAUAAAGCUGAAGGAAGCUGCCCAAGGCCAUUCGAACGAUAUGGCAUUUAAAAAUUACAUGAGCCAUCAGGGUUCUGAUGGUUCGACAAUGUCGCAGCGGCUCCAAGAGAAACAUUAUGACAGCACAGCGGCCGGAGAGAACGUUGCUGCUGGCCAUAAUUCGGUUGAUAAGGUGAUGGAAGCAUGGAUGAACUCGCCAGGCCACCGAGCUAACAUUUUACGUGAGAAAUUCACCAUGUUUGGCUGUGGUUACGCGUACGAUUCAAACUCUAUGUACAAAAUCUACUGGACGCAGAAUUUUGGUAAAAGCCAAACGGAGAAAUGUUCGUAA